GUGUCAUGGAAAAACUUGGGCUUGGUCCAGAGGUCCUUCUACAGGAGAAUCCCAGACUCAUCUAUGCAAGACUUACUGGAUUUGGCCAGACAGGAAAAUAUGCCAAGUCUGCAGGUCAUGACAUCAAUUAUUUGGCUUUAUCAGGUGUGCUGUCAAAGCUGGGUAGAAAAGAUGAAAAUCCUUAUGCACCCAUAAAUCUUCUGGCUGAUUUCGCUGGUGGAGGUGUCAUGUGUGCUCUGGGCAUUGUGACAGCCCUUUAUGAACGCGCCAAGUCUGGCAAAGGGCAGGUCAUCGAUGCAAGUAUGGUAGAGGGAGUAGCAUAUCUAAGUUCUUUCCUAUGGAAAUCGCAAAAUUUGGGACUUUGGAACAGACCACGAGGUGAGAACCUGCUGGAUAGUGGUGCGCCUUUUUAUGAAACCUACAAGACCUCCGAUGGGAAAUUCAUGGCUGUUGGUGCCAUUGAGCCUCAAUUCUAUGAGCAGUUAAUAAAGGGUCUUGGGCUAGAUUCAGAUAAACUUCCCAGUCAGUUGAAUUUCUCCGACUGGCCAGAAAUGAAGAAAAAAUUCGCAUCCAUAUUUGCACAGAAGACACAAGCUGAGUGGUGCAGCAUAUUUGAUGGUACUGAUGCCUGUGUGACCCCUGUGUUAUCCUUUGAUGAUGUUGCUACACAUCAGCAUAACAAACAAAGAAGUUCUUUUAUCAAAAAUGAUCAGGAAGAGAUAAGUCCUAGACCUGCUCCUCUUCUAUCAAGGACCCCUGCUGUUCCAUCAUUUAAAAGAGAUCCUUUUAUAGGAGAACACACAGAAGAGAUACUUCUAGAAUAUGGAUUUACAAAGCAAGAGAUUGCUAAACUUUAUUCUGAUAAAGUAAUAGAAUUCAGUAAACCAAAAGCUAAUUUAUAAUCUCUAAUUAUGCAAAUUCCAGGCUGAUACAGUAAGUUCUUAUGCAUUAAAAUUUAAUUAUAUGGCAAAUAAAUGUUUGCAUUAUAUUGCUUUUAAAUAAUUUUAAAAAAUUAUUCAAGUUUUAAAUGUAAU